CUCCACUCUAGCAUCUACCAAAGAGGAAGUUCUGCUGGAAACGUCCUGUAAAGAGGCUUUGAUGUCCGGACAGCGGGAGGGAGAGCCCCGGCAUGAGGAGCAGGUUCCUGUGAUAUAGGAUUGUCCGAUGACAUCAUCAGUACCAGAUAAUGGAUGGGGACGGGGACAAGAUGGCGGAGAGGAUAUUAAAUCUUACCCUAGAGAUACUCUUCCUGCUUACUGGAGAGGAUUACUCCACGGUGAAGAAGACCUCUAGUAAUCUGAUACAUGAGAAGAACAAUGAGAAGAUCCUAGAAGUCGUCCACAAGAUGAUGGAGCUGCUGACUGGAGAGGUUCCUAUAAGGUGUCAGGAUGUCGCUGUCUAUUUCUCCAUUGAGUAGUGGGAGUAUUUAGAAGGACACAAGGGUCUGUACAAGGAGGUCAAGAUGGAGGAGGACCAGCCGCUCACAUCUCCAGAGAGAUCCAGUCAGAGGACAACACCAGAGAGAUGUCCGCGUCCUCUCCUUCCACAGGAUGGUCAGGAUUACUCCACGGUGAAGAAGACGUCUAGUAAUCUGAUACAUGAGAAGAACAAUGAGAAGAUCCUAGAAGUCAUCCACAAGAUGAUGGAGCUGCUGACUGGAGAGGAUUACUCCACGGUGAAGAAGACGUCUAGUAAUCUGAUACCUGAGAAGAACAAUGAGAAGAUCCUAGAAGUCGUCCACAGGAUGAUGGAGCUGCUGACUGGAGAGGUUCCUAUAAGGUGUCAGGAUGUCGCUGUCUAUUUCUCCAUGGAGGAGUGGGAGUAUUUAGAAGGACACAAGGGUCUGUACAAGGAGGUCAAGAUGGAGGAGGACCAGCCCCUCACAUCUCCAGAGAGAUCCAGUCAGAGGACAACACCAGAGAGAUGUCCGCGUCCUCUCCUUCCACAGGAUGGUCAGGAUUACUCCACGGUGAAGAAGACGUCUAGUAAUCUGAUACCUGAGAAGAACAAUGAGAAGAUCCUAGAAGUCGUCCACAAGAUGAUGGAGCUGCUGACUGGAGAGGUUCCUAUAAGGUGUCAGGAUGUCGCUGUCUAUUUCUCCAUGGAGGAGUGGGAGUAUUUAGAAGGACACAAGGGUCUGUACAAGGAGGUCAAGAUGGAGGAGGACCAGCCGCUCACAUCUCCAGAGAGAUCCAGUCAGAGGACAACACCAGAGAGAUGUCCGCGUCCUCUCCUUCCACAGGAUGGUCAGGAUUACUCCACGGUGAAGAAGACGUCUAGUAAUCUGAUACAUGAGAAGAACAAUGAGAAGAUCCUAGAAGUCAUCCACAAGAUGAUGGAGCUGCUGACUGGAGAGGAUUACUCCACGGUGAAGAAGACGUCUAGUAAUCUGAUACCUGAGAAGAACAAUGAGAAGAUCCUAGAAGUCGUCCACAGGAUGAUGGAGCUGCUGACUGGAGAGGUUCCUAUAAGGUGUCAGGAUGUCGCUGUCUAUUUCUCCAUGGAGGAGUGGGAGUAUUUAGAAGGACACAAGGGUCUGUACAAGGAGGUCAAGAUGGAGGAGGACCAGCCCCUCACAUCUCCAGAGAGAUCCAGUCAGAGGACAACACCAGAGAGAUGUCCGCGUCCUCUCCUUCCACAGGAUGGUCAGGAUUACUCCACGGUGAAGAAGACGUCUAGUAAUCUGAUACCUGAGAAGAACAAUGAGAAGAUCCUAGAAGUCGUCCACAAGAUGAUGGAGCUGCUGACUGGAGAGGUUCCUAUAAGGUGUCAGGAUGUCGCUGUCUAUUUCUCCAUGGAGGAGUGGGAGUAUUUAGAAGGACACAAGGGUCUGUACAAGGAGGUCAAGAUGGAGGAGGACCAGCCGCUCACAUCUCCAGAGAGAUCCAGUCAGAGGACAACACCAGAGAGAUGUCCGCGUCCUCUCCUUCCACAGGAUGGUCAGGAUUACUCCACGGUGAAGAAGACGUCUAGUAAUCUGAUACAUGAGAAGAACAAUGAGAAGAUCCUAGAAGUCAUCCACAAGAUGAUGGAGCUGCUGACUGGAGAGGAUUACUCCACGGUGAAGAAGACGUCUAGUAAUCUGAUACCUGAGAAGAACAAUGAGAAGAUCCUAGAAGUCGUCCACAGGAUGAUGGAGCUGCUGACUGGAGAGGUUCCUAUAAGGUGUCAGGAUGUCGCUGUCUAUUUCUCCAUGGAGGAGUGGGAGUAUUUAGAAGGACACAAGGGUCUGUACAAGGAGGUCAAGAUGGAGGAGGACCAGCCCCUCACAUCUCCAGAGAGAUCCAGUCAGAGGACAACACCAGAGAGAUGUCCGCGUCCUCUCCUUCCACAGGAUGGUCAGGAUUACUCCACGGUGAAGAAGACGUCUAGUAAUCUGAUACCUGAGAAGAACAAUGAGAAGAUCCUAGAAGUCGUCCACAAGAUGAUGGAGCUGCUGACUGGAGAGGUUCCUAUAAGGUGUCAGGAUGUCGCUGUCUAUUUCUCCAUGGAGGAGUGGGAGUAUUUAGAAGGACACAAGGGUCUGUACAAGGAGGUCAAGAUGGAGGAGGACCAGCCGCUCACAUCUCCAGAGAGAUCCAGUCAGAGGACAACACCAGAGAGAUGUCCGCGUCCUCUCCUUCCACAGGAUGGUCAGGAUUACUCCACGGUGAAGAAGACGUCUAGUAAUCUGAUACAUGAGAAGAACAAUGAGAAGAUCCUAGAAGUCAUCCACAAGAUGAUGGAGCUGCUGACUGGAGAGGAUUACUCCACGGUGAAGAAGACGUCUAGUAAUCUGAUACCUGAGAAGAACAAUGAGAAGAUCCUAGAAGUCGUCCACAGGAUGAUGGAGCUGCUGACUGGAGAGGUUCCUAUAAGGUGUCAGGAUGUCGCUGUCUAUUUCUCCAUGGAGGAGUGGGAGUAUUUAGAAGGACACAAGGGUCUGUACAAGGAGGUCAAGAUGGAGGAGGACCAGCCCCUCACAUCUCCAGAGAGAUCCAGUCAGAGGACAACACCAGAGAGAUGUCCGCGUCCUCUCCUUCCACAGGAUGGUCAGGAUUACUCCACGGUGAAGAAGACGUCUAGUAAUCUGAUACAUGAGAAGAACAAUGAGAAGAUCCUAGAAGUCGUCCACAGGAUGAUGGAGCUGCUGACUGGAGAGGUUCCUAUAAGGUGUCAGGAUUUCGCUGUCUAUUUCUCCAUGGAGGAGUGGGAGUAUUUAGGACACAAGCGUCUACACAAGGAGGUGAUGAUGGAGGAGGACCAGCCCCUCACAUCUCCAGAGAGAUCCAGUCAGAGGACAACACCAGAGAGAUGUCCGCGUCCUCUCCUUCCACAGGAUGGUCAGGAUUACUCCACGGUGAAGAAGACGUCUAGUAAUCUGAUACAUGAGAAGAACAAUGAGAAGAUCCUAGAAGUCGUCCACAAGAUGAUGGAGCUGCUGACUGGAGAGGUUCCUCUAAGGUGUCAGGAUGUCGCUGUCUAUUUCUCCAUGGAGGAGUGGGAGUAUUUAGAAGGACACAAGGGUCUACACAAGGAGGUCAAGAUGGAGGAGGACCAGCCCCUCACAUCUCCAGAGAGAUCCAGUCAGAGGACAACACCAGAGAGAUGUCCGCGUCCUCUCCUUCCACAGGAUGGUCAGAUUUUAUAUCAGGAUGAAGAUCUGCGCAAUAUUAAUGCUACAGAGACAGAUGUGAGGGGUGAUGAGGAAUACAAGGAGGAGAUCCCUACAGAGACAGAUGUGAGGGGUGAUGAGGAAUACAAGGAGGAGAUCCCUACAGAGACAGAUGUGAGGGGUGAUGAGGAAUACAAGGAGGAGGUUCUUACAGAGACAGAGGUGAGGGGUGAUGAGGAAUACAAGGAGGAGGUUCCUUCAGAGCCAGAUGUGAGGGAUGAUGAGGAAUACAAGGAGGAGAUCCCUACAGAGACAGAUGUGAGGGGCGAAGAGGAAUACAAGGAGGAGAUCCCUACAGAGACAGAUGUGAGGGGUGAUGACCAGUGUAAGGAGGACAUUCCUACAGAUAAGAGCCCAGAUGACUGUACUGGGAGCUCGGAGGGACAAGUGAUAUCUACAGAUUAUAAUGCAGAUGAUCCGGGUGUCACAUCAGAUACGUAUGAAGAUUAUGACAUUAUCCCAGAUGUACCAUCCACCCUUCACAGCAAAACUCUGUCAUCUGAUCCUUUAAAACAAAUCCAAUCUUCUGAUUCAUCACAGACCGUUAACCAGAAUGCAAGCCACAAAAGGGGCGAGAGAGCCCUAAGAGCUCAGAAAGGGAAGAAGUCAUAUCCAUGUUCAGAAUGUGGGAAAUUUUUUACUCACAAAUCAGAACUUGAGAGGCAUCAGAGAGUUCACACGGGAGAGAAGCCGUAUUCAUGUUCAGAAUGUGGGAAAUGUUUUACUCAGAAAUUUUCUCUUGUUGUCCAUCAAAGAAUUCACACAGGGGAGAAACCGUAUUCAUGUUCAGACUGUGGGAAAUGUUUUAAUCACAAAUCAGAACUUGAGAAGCAUCAGAGAGUUCACACGGGAGAGAAGCCGUAUUCAUGUUCGGAAUGUGGGAAAUGUUUUACUCAGAAAUUUUCUCUUGUUAUCCAUCAAAGAAUUCACACAGGGGAGAAAGCGUAUCCAUGUUCAGACUGUGGGAAAUGUUUUGCUUACAAAUCAGAACUUGAGAAGCAUCAGACAGUUCACACGGGAGAGAAGCCGUAUUCAUGUUCAGAAUGUGAGAAAUAUUUUACUAUGAAAUCAUCUCUUCUUUUACAUCAAAGACUUCACACAGGGGAGAAGCCGUAUUCAUGUUCGGAAUGUGGGAAAUGGUUCACUCAGAAAUCAUAUCUUAUUAAACAUCAGAGAAUUCACACAGGGGAGAAGCCGUAUUCAUGUUCAGAAUGUGCGAAAUGUUUUACUCAUAAAUCAAAUCUUCUGAAACAUCAGAAAGUUCACACAAAGGAGAAGCCGUAUUCAUGUUCAGAAUGUGGGAAAUGUUUUACUAAGAAAUCAUAUCUUCAGAGUCAUCAGAGAAUCCACACAGGAGAGAAGCCGUAUUCGUGUUCAGAAUAGGGGAAAUGUUUUACUAUGAAAUCAAGUCUUGAGAGACAUCAGCAAAUUUGCAUUCAUGUUAAGGAUGUGACUGAUAUUUAGUUAGAAAAUCAGAUCUUCACCAUCAUAGAUGUCACACGGGAAAAAAAGCUGUAGUCGUGUUAAGAAUGUUUAACUCAGAAAUAUAUUGUUUGGUAUUCAAAAAUUGUUACAGGAAAAGCCACUUUCAUGCAGGGAAAUAUUUUACUUACAAAUCAAGUUUUGAGAGACAUCAAGAAUUCACACUGGGGAGAAACCGUAUUCCUGUUCAGAAUGUGGGAAAUGGUGGGCUCUGAAACCCAAUCUUCACCAUGAAAGUCAUCAGGGGAGAAGCCAUAAUUAUGUACGAACUGUGGGAAAUGUUUUACUUAGCAAUCAGAUUGUGUUAAACAUCAGAGAAUGCACGUAGGGGAGAAGCAGUUUUAACCCCUUCAUAACACUUGCCAUACAUGUACGGCAGGUUUUGCGUAUUUAACGACAUCUGCCUUAAAGAUAAAGUGAUUGAAAACUGAAUAAAAAAACAUCAAAAAGUCACAUAUACCAUAAAAUGUUAUCAAUAGAAAUUGGAGCUCGCACCGCAAAUAAAGAACUUUCACAGAGCCCUGUAGACAUUUUGUUUUGGAGUAUUAAAUCCUAGCACGAUAAUAUAAAUCUGUGAUCGCUGUAAUCUUAUUAAACCAUAGAAUAAAGGUCACUGCGCAGUGAACGCUGUAAAAACAGAAUCCAUAGAUCAGUGGCGCAACUGCAUUUUAAAUUAUUUCUACCCUAUCGGUAAUUUUUUCCAGCUUCCCAAUAAACCAUGUGGAAUAAUAAAUGGAAACAUUAGAAAGUUUGUCCCACAAAAAAACAGCCCUGCUACAGCUUUGUGACUGGAGAAAUAGAAAAGGUAUGGCAUUUGGAUGGAGGGGAAGAAAAAUAAAAGUGCAAAAAAAAUUGAAAAUGGUUGCAGUGGGAAGGGGUUAUAAAUUAAAGGAAAUGUGGCGGGUGUGGAGCUCCCUUAUAGGAUGCUUUCUGCUUAGAGAUGAGAGAAUUUGUUUAGCAUUUCCCAAAAAUUCCUCUUCUGAAUCUUUUAAAAUGGUGUCCUCAAUCUGAGGGUCUGAAGACGGCGUGUUUUACAGGACAAUCUAAAGUAACUACUGUGAUUAAGAACAAGGACACUCCUAUGCAAGUGAUGGUCAUGAGGACUCCACCUCAACGUCUGCCGCUGCCACAACUACAAUUGUGACUCCUAUUUUAGACUUGGCUUCACCAAAAUACCUUUGUACCUGCUGCGGACAGAAGGCGGUGUAGAAUCUGACUAAUUGCAUUUAUUGCAGGACUCCAUUGUAAAGCCAAAGGACUAAUGAUUAACUGGUUGACCUGCGUUCUCAUAGUAUGCUUCCCGAAUAUGGAUUCCACUGGUUGUAUAGGUUUAAUUUGGCAAGAUAGAUAGUGGGGAUGGUUUAAAAAGUAGGAUCUUCUGGAUGGAUGCUGGUCAUUCCACAAUUUGCAAGAAUUAGUAUUCUUUCACUUUGUGUAAGUAGGAAGGUUCUCUUUCUCCAGAAGGGAGGUAGGGUGAUCCAUACAGCCCGCGAAAUAAUGAUAAAAAGAGGGGAGUAGUGUGAGAGUAAUGGGGUCAAUGUCAACCUUAUACUCAUAUAAUACAUAUAACAUGAAUGGUUGUGUCAUACAUAGAUUUAUAUAAAUUAACCUUAUUUCUAUAAUCUAUAUAUCCUCUGCAAAGUUUAUCAUUUAUUCCACUGUUUCAUAAUAUCUUGGCCUUAGAACAUAUUCCGAAGGCCAUCUGUAAUCAUGUUGUAACCUGAAUCUCUGUGAGGAAAAGGAAGUAUUUCACCAAAUUUGGAAUACAAUGAAGAAGUUUGAGAAAUAUGUAGUUUGAGCAGAUAUGUAUCAAUGAGAUUCUCAGAGAUUCUAGGAAAUGUUUGUUACUUUUUCACGAAUAAUGGAUCCAGAUGGUCGGUAUACAUGUCCAAAUUGGGUCCUGUAUCAGCCAAUUGAACUUUACCUGAAAACCUAAAAAUAAUCAAGGCCACCCAUAGAUAAAUACAAAUAUAGCAUCUUUACUAACCAAUACAACAAUGAGUAAAAAAUGCCGGGAGUGUUGAAAAGUGGGAAAAAACUGUCAAAUCCCAAAGCAAAGGUAAUCUGUAAGGGGUCCGAUUGUAGAACUUCCCUCUCCCACAGCCCCAGGAACAAAUUAGCAUAUGAGGGCGCACAAGACGCCCCCAUUAAGGUACCCUGGAGCUGCAGGAAGAGGGAACCCCCAAAGAAGAAGAAAUUGUUGACAAGCACAUAUACUAACAAUGUCAGAAUAAACUUAAAUUUAUUGCGAUCUAGGUCAGUGGUAUGUAAGUAGAAACUGGCUGCUUCUAUGCCAUCCUGAUGCCUUAUUGAUGUGUACAGGGAGUCCACAUCACAUGUUGCAAUAAUCAUAUCUGAAUCCAGAUGUAGAUCUUCCAAACAUCCGUGGUGUCUUCAAGAUAUGACGGUAAAUUCUCCAUUAGGGGGUGUAGGAUAUAUUCCACGUAUUUGCAGAUGGAGUUGUUUAGGCUAUUGACACCCGAGACAUUGGGUCUCCCCAGGGGUUGUUUCGUAUUCUUAUGAACCUUUGGAAGAAAAUACAAUGUGGGAGUUAUUGGAUGUUCCAAUAGUAGGUGCAUACUUUGCUGUGUUGUGUUUAUUCCAUCAUUUACCUGGUUUAAAAUCAUGGCCAAUUCCCUAGUAUAGGCUUAUUGUGGGAUUGUAGGUUAAUUUUCUAUAGUAAUUGGAGUCAUUCAACUGCCUUCCUGCUUCCCUCUCAUACAUAGCCAUAGGCCAUGUAACAAUGUUACCCCCCGCCCCCCCCCUUAUCUAGCCUCUUUAAUACGGACUAUGGACCCAGAACUAUGGAGACCCCCUCAGACCUUUUGGGGUUAACUCUGCACUGAGACUUCCACUGAUUGUGUUAG